AUGUCCGACGAAUUCAACCUGCAAGAAUCCCUUCUCGCCCUCUCCGACAUAUCCUUAUAUCACAUCCCAUCAGAAAUUGAUAUCCCAUCUUUACGGUCUAGCUCAAUAGAUGAAUCCCUCUCGUCAGCCAUUGAAACGAUCGUGAACGAUCCAGAAUCAAUCGUCCAUUCUCAACCUAGUACAUUCGACGUAUUUCAAUCAAUAUUGAAAUAUUCAGAUACACCCAAUGUGAAUGGACCGAUCUUGACGAAAUUGUUAGAUGUGAUAUGCUCAAGUUUAACGAAUCACUCCAAUGCUGUUAUGAGUAUUAUUGGUGGUCAAGGUUUUUCAUCGGAAGAUAUGGAUGCUCCAAUGAUCCAUAAACAACCUUUGGAAAUUUGGUCAUUCCUCUUCCAAUGGUUUGUCAUUGCAGCUGAAAAAGGUGCAGGUAGAUCAUCCGAUAGCUCCUCUUCAAUAACGAUAACAACGACAACUGGCAAAGGUAAAAAGAAAACUGCCAACAAUAAGAACAAUUCAAAUUCAUCAACAUCGUUCAUUUGGAUUGAUCAUUUACCUUUUGUUUUAUCUACAAUACAUAAAACGUUGAGAAUACCUUCAUCAAGGUUAUGGAGAACGUCUUCAGAAAAAGAAUCAGUUAUAUCAUGUUUUGUCAAACCUGCAUAUCAAUUGGCCGAAAAUGAACAAUAUCUCAAAAACAGUGAAAUCAAAUUAGGUAUAUACAAAACAAUUUGUCUUGCAGUGAAAUUCCACGGUCAUGCUUUCGGUGCUCAAACUUCGAUCAUUCAAAAUUUAACUUAUUUCGAACAUUUCUCUGAACCAAUGGCUGAACUAUUAUCGAUUUUAGAGAAAGAAUUUGAUUUCAAUCAAUUAGCAGAAGAAGUUUUGAGAGAUGUAGCUGGAAAGAGUUUCGCCCAUAAUGACGUUAAAGGACCUAGAAGUUUUUCUAAAUUCCUAGUCAAAUUAGCUGAAUUAAGUCCUAGAGUUGUCAGUAAACAAAUGCCUCUGUUGUUGGCUCACUUGGAUAGUGAUGCGCACCCAAUGCGAAUGGCAGUCGUCGAAAUAAUAGGUCUUCUAAUCAGAGACCUUUCAUUAUCCGACGAGGGUGAUGAAGAACAAAAGAAUAAACAGAUCAAAAGAUAUUUCGAAUUGUUGAUGGAAAGAUUCUUAGAUCUAAACAGUUGGGUAAGAUGUAAAGUCUUGACUACGUUGAGUAAGCUAUGCGAUCUCCCUGUCAAGUUCGCCAAGCAACGUCAUCAGAUAACUGAACUCACGAUCCGCACUCUCGAAGACAAAACUUCUUCAGCUCGACGAUAUGCCAUUCAGCUUCUUUGCAAAUUACUGGAAACUCAUCCUUUUGGUGCUUUACAUGGAGGUACUUUGAACUUGGCUGAAUGGCAAGAAAGAUACGAGAAAAUAGCCGAAGAAUUAGCGAAAGUCGAUGCUAUCGAAUUGGAGAAAGCCAAGCGGGAUGUCGGCCUGAUUGGUGGAGAAGCUGAAGAAGGGGAAGCGGAUGACGCUGAAGACGAAGACGAGGACGAUGAAGAUAACGAGGAGGAAGGUACACCUCGACCCAAAAAGGAAAGAAAGCCUAGACAAUCACAAUUAGAUAUCACUGGUAUUCAAAGUGAACAAUCUACACUUGAUCCAGAACUAAUUCAUAAACUUCGAUUAACCAAGAAAUACUACUCAGACGCACUAAGAUUCAUCAAUCAACUGGAAAAUGCUGUUCCAACUCUAUGUCAACUUUUAGUAUCAACCACCAAAACUGAAGUUUUAGAAGCGAUGCGAUUUUUCAGAAUCGCUUUUGAAUACGAUUUACAAUCAUCUGAAAUCGGUAUAAAAACGAUGUUACAUUUAAUUUGGACAAAGGACGUUAAUGCUCCUUCAACAAACGAAGAAGGUGGUACUUCAUCAGAAGGAAAAGGUGUCAGGGCAAAUUUGAUUGAAUGUUAUAGAAGCUUGUAUUUUGACGUCGUACCGGAUUUGGCACCAAAGCAACAAGUUAAUAGAAUAGCUAAAAACAUGAUUGAACGUACUUACGGCGCCACUCUUGCUGAGUUAACUUCACUCGAAGAACUCAUGCGAACUAUGAUGGUUGACGGAGGUGUGCACAACGAUGUCGUCAAUAAACUUUGGCAAGUGUACAGUACUGAGCAAGAGAUCCCAAAGGCACAACGUCAAGGUGCUAUCAUCAUUCUCGGCAUGCUUGCAUUAGCUAAAAGGGAGGUUGUUACCGAAAGAGUAGAGGCUCUGUUGAAGAUCGGAUUAGGACCCUUGGGAAUGCACGAUCUCGUCCUCGCUAGGUACACCUGUAUAGCCCUGCAACGAUUAGGUGGAUCAGCUAAGAAAGUCAAAGGUUCUUUGAGUGAUAAAACAAUGAGGUUACCAAUGGAUAAUCCUAUAUUUGUGAAAUUACAAGAAAUAAUUGAACAUUCACCUAAAUCAGCACAAUGGUUUAGUAUGGCCGAACAGGCUGUUAAUACGAUUUACUCAUUAGGUGAACAACCAGAUUCAUUAUGUUCGGAAAUCAUAAAAGAUCUUACUAUAAGAGUAUUUGACAAACCUUCAAGCUCAAAUACUUCUUCUCCACCUGUAGCGGAUGUUGAACAGUCGGAUCAACCUCAAUCAACUGAAGAUGGGCUUGAAGCUGAAGAAGACGAUGCAACUAAACGAGAGGAAAUUAACGGUCAAGAAGAACAAGAAGAGAAGAGAGAUCAAAUUGGUUCUUUCAAGCUUGCUCAACUGGUCUUCGUUGUCGGUCAUGUAUCAAUCAAGCAUAUUGUUUAUCUUGAAUUGGUAGAAAGAGAAUUCAAACGGAGAAAGGAUGAAACUGCUAAGCAAAAAGCCGCAGCGAAAGCAGCCGAAAAAGAUGCCAAUGAUUUGGACGCUGUAGCUGGUAAUGCCGAAGACGAUAUCGGUGAACUUAUCUCUGGAAUCAGAGAAAGAGAACUAUUGUUUGGCGAAAAGAGCUUGUUAGCUGUUUACGGUCCUAUGAUAGCUGGCAUUUGCGCUAGUCCUAAGAGGUAUAGGAACCCCUCUUUGCGUCAAGCGGCUACUUUGUCUCUAACGAAACUCAUGUGUGUUUCUGCUCAAUUCUGUGAAUCACAUCUUCUCCUCCUUUUCAAGAUUUUGGAAACCAGCAAAGAUCCAGUAGUCAGAAGUAAUAUCGUCAUUGCUUUGGGCGAUAUUGCAGUCUGUUGGGGAAGUAUGAUUGAUGAUAACUCUGAACGACUUUACCAGGGAUUAUCGGAUCCCGAUCUAGUAGUGAAGAAAAACACAUUGAUGGUAUUGACCCAUUUGAUCUUGAACGGUAUGAUUAAAGUGAAAGGUCAAUUAGGAGAAAUGGCCAAAUGUCUAGAAGAUCCCGAUACCAGAAUAUCAGAUUUAGCCAAAUUGUUUUUCACUGAAUUAUCAACGAAAGAUAAUGCUUUGUAUAACAAUUUACAAGAUGUUAUCAGUCAUUUGAGUGUUGGCGAUCAUAAGGUUGAUGAAGAAACUUUCGAAAGGACCAUGAGAUUUAUUUUCACUUUUAUUGAAAAGGAUAAACAAGCUGAAUCGAUAGUGGAGAAAUUAUGUCAGAGAUUCAGAUUAGCAAAUGAAGAAAGACAAUGGAGAGAUAUAUCUUUCUGUUUAAGUUUAUUACCUUUCAAAUCUGAGAGAUCUAUGAAGAAGCUCAUUGAAGGAUUACCGUUCUACCAGGAUAAAUUGCAUGAAGAGACUGUUUUCAGACGUUUCACUGAGAUCUUGGCCAAGGCUCGAGCAAAUAAAGCUGCUAAUAAACCUGAGACUGAAUUGAAGGAAUUCGAGGCGAUCUUGACCGAACAUCAAGCUAAGGGUUUGGAAGAUCAAGCUCUCGAAGCAGAUGUAUUAAGGAAGACCAAAGCGGCGAAACGAAGAGCGGCUAAAAGACCUCAAGGCGGUAAAGGUAAAAAGCAAACUCCUGAAAUAGACUAUAACGAUGAAGAGGAGGAAGAGGAAGCUGCUCCGCCACAAAGAAGUACAAGAGGUAAACCAGCCAAGAAAGCUCCUCCUAAAGCUGCUCCCACUAGAAGAGGCGGAAGAAGGAAAGUGGUAGAAAGCGAAGAUGAAGAUGAAGAUGAAGAUCAAUCGUUCGACGAGUUUUAG